AUGUUCCGCACAGCCAGCCGAUGGCGCCUCCGUGCCUCCAUCCUUUCCGCCGCCGGAACCCUGGCGCCCCUGCCGUGGUCUCCAAAGCACAGUCGGGCCGAGGAGGACAAGGUCUUCCCUGAGGCGGAGGUACGCCGGCACAACCGCGAGAAGGAUGCGUGGAUAUCCUUCAAUGGCGCUGUGUACGAUAUCACGCGGUACAUUCCACAGCAUCCGCCCUGCUCCGGUUUGGACUGGUCCAAACGUUUGGCCGGGCGGAGGUUUGAGGAUUUCUUGGGCCAG